AUGAUAUCAGUGCCCGACCUGGAUAUACAAUGGAACAUAACAACGGACACACAGACCGAAAUCAUUAUAGAAAACGUGAAAGAAGAAAAAUACAACUUAACGAACAAUUUUUACAGCGUAAUAGGAAGGGCAGAUGAGGUUAUCGAUAAUUGUAGUGUUAAUGUGAAUUCUACUAAGAGUGGAUGUUUAGAAGUGACGUAUGAUGGUGUAGAGAUUAGUGUUGUGUUUAUAUUGUGCUUGUUAAUCGUAGUUACUGUGAUAGGUAAUACUUUGAUAAUCUCUGCCGUUGUGACUACGAAACGGCUGCGUACAGUGACCAAUUGUUUUGUGACCAGUUUGGCAGUCGCUGAUCUGUUGGUUGGGAUCUUUGUGAUGCCGCCUGCUAUUGCUGUUCAUAUCAGUGGUGAGUUGGCUUUUGUUUUUAUUUUUAACCGAGAUUAUCUCGCGAUCGGCUAA